AUGAACUCUCAGGUUCAUAGUGGGAAGCUCACUCUAAACCUCACAUUGCUAUGUCUGGUUCUUGGCAUCGGUGGAACCUUUCAGUAUGGACUACAUAUAUCUCUCAUCAACUCACCAGCAGAGUAUAUCCAGAAAUUUAUCAACGACACGUGGCAGCAUCGUUAUGGCUCUCCACUACACCCAGAUAAAAUCACUUUAUUCUGGUCUUUCAUUGUGUCUGUGUACAGCAUUGGUGGAUUGAUGGGAUCCUUAAUCGUUGGAUACUUGUCUGUCUCAUUUGGAAGGAAGAAGACUCAACUCUACAAUAAUGUCUUUGCUUUGUUGGGUGCUGCUCUCAUGAUGCUGAGCCCAGUUGCACAGUCAUUUGAGAUGAUUAUAGUAGGAAGGUUCCUGUAUGGGGUAAAUACAGGUGUAAGUCUGAAUUUGCACACAAUGUAUAUCGGUGAGUGCGCCCCCAAGAAACUCAGAGGGAUUUCUGUAACAGUGUCUUUAUUCAUUGCCUUAGGGAAGUUGAUGGGUUUUGUUGUGGGUCUGAGGGAAUUCCUGGGUUCUGAGGCUCUGUGGCCCUAUCUUAUGUCUUUCAGUGCAGUACCUGCUCUUGUCCAGUUGCUGACACUGCCCUUCUUCCCAGAGUCCCCUCGUUAUCUCCUCAUUGAUAAAGACAACAAGGAAGGCUGUCUAAAAGCUAUGCAGCAGCUGUGGGGUGCAGGAGAUCAUGUGGCAGAGAUGGACGAUAUGCUGGCUGAAAAGAAUUCAUUAGAAGGAGAGCAGAGGAAAGGUGUGAUGGAUCUCCUGAAGAAGCGCUGUGUGCGCUGGCAGAUGAUUUCGAUUGUUCUGACGUGUGGCGCCAUUCAGCUUACUGGCAUCAAUGUGGUAUACUUCUAUGCCUAUGAUGUGUUCCGGAAUGCUGGCAUUCCAGACAGACAGAUUCCAUUCAUCUCACUUGGAAUUGGAGUUACUGAGGCAUUAACUACGGUACUCUGUGGAUUUGUUAUUGAUCGAAUGGGAAGAAAGCCCCUACUCUGGAUAAAUUAUGGAGUCAUAACACUGACACUUUCACUUCUCACUGCUACACUAUCUCUUCAGGAUUUGCACAGUUGGAUGCCUUAUUUUUCUUCUGCUCUUAUCUUCAUCUUCACUCUCAGUUUUGGCCUUGGACCAGGUGGUGUAAGCUGUGUCAUCCCUACUGAAAUGUUUGUACAGUCAUAUAGACCAGCUGCGUACAUGUUAAUAGGAAUUCUGAAUUGGCUGGGAAUGUUUAUCUUGGCUUGGAGCUUCCCUUUCAUGGAGGCAGCAUUGGGUGCUUUCUGCUUUGUUUUCUUCAUAAUUCUCUGCAUCUGUAUGGGUAUAUUCUCAUUUCUAAUAUUGCCAGAGACAAAAAACAAAAGCAUUCUGGAGAUUUUGGAUUCAUUUAACCAACUAAACUUUAGGCAGCAGAAGACAAAUCCUGUACAUUCCACCAGACUAUAGGAUUCAAAGUGCUUUCUCAUCAGAAAUUUGUACAUGCACCUGUAAACAACAAGUGGAACAGAGGGACAGAUGGAGUAACAUCUGGAGGACAAAAAGCAUUUUUUAAAUUGAAAAUCAAGCAAGUGGUAUGGCAGCUUGUGCCACCAAACAAUCAGUUUUCCUGAACUUUCCUGAUGUUGCUAUAGGUUAAAAAGAAUGAAUAAAGCCUUGCUGGGAA